CCCUCCCUCUCCCUCACCUUUGCCGCCCAUCUUCCUUGGCCUGAAGGAUCCUGCUUCGAUUCCCGGCGCCAUCUCUGACGCACACCCAAACUUCUUCUCCUCGGCUUCAAAUCCCCCAACUGCGGUGGCGAGGGCACAUCCGCAUCGCAGGCGAUGGUGCCGGCGAGGCUGCCCCCAAACGACGUGGGGACGGCACUGGCUGGGGACAUGAACCCCAGCCCCCGGAGCCUGGCACGCGUCAACGCCAACGGGCCCGGAGGGCCUGGGCUGCGUCAAACGUCGUCGGGCGCCGAAGCGACCAGGCAACUCAGCGACCUCGCCCUCUCCGAGGUCAUCCGCCACGGCACCAUCGUCGAGUAGGACGGAGGCGCUCCUCCAGAGUCGCUGCUGCACCGAGAGAAGAGGAGUUGGCAGCCACUCCUCCCGACGACAAGGACGACAAGAUGCCUGUUGGUUGGCUGCUCCCCAUCUCUCGCCCAUCUCAAUCUCCUCCUCACCGCCGACCUCGGCCCUAGCAAGCUCGACCCUCCAACGCGGGCAGCGGCAAGUCCUCUGCUCUCUUGUCAUCCCUUCCUUCAGGAUUUCUCUGAAAUGAAAUAAUAAGGUGCACACUCCAUGGACCAGGACGACCACCAGGACCUCCGCGGCGAUGAUGAAGCCCCGCACAUGUUCGAGCUCGAUGGAACAAUAGUGCCUCGGUGUGGUGCAGCCGAGUUGGGCCAACGAUUACGUCUCCAUGGUCCUCGACCGCCUCGAUGGCUUCUAAUUCGGGACAACAAGUCAUCUGUAGGGAGGGAUUCUGUCAUUGCUAUAUACUCUAGUUCCAAUCCAUGGACGACAUCCACAAGGACCAAGACGUCGAACACCUCAUCCAGCCAGCCCCCGCACAAGCCCAAGCACCAUGAAGACCCGUCUUGGCCAGCACCAGAAGCGCCAUGGGCAGUGAAGACCAGCAGCUGCAUGACCACACUCAGCCAUCUCCGGCCAUGGCGACAGACUGCAACACAGCUGCUCAUCCAUUGGUGUUGCUGCUCUCCUCUUGUUUGUCAUCAUGAACACACCGUUGGUGUUGCUGCUCUCCUUUGGUUUGGCUGCCAUCGGCCGUGAACGCCAACUGACAGGACUCUAAACUAUGCCCUUCUUAUUUCUGCCUGAUUCACCAUGGACAAGUUUCUUACUGGUUGAGCGCAUGAACACUCUACAUAGCUGAGGUGACGAUGCAGACCAAAUCUUCUUCAAGUACAGACCCAUAAACUGCAUCGGCUUGGAGUCGGGCAUGCAUGAGGUCUCCUUUUACUUACUCCAUACUCGAAGGUGCACUACUGCAGGAUGCUGCUAACGCGACACCACGAUCAGAGACCCUUUGACGAAACUGUGUGCGAUGCCAUAAUCGCAAAUGGUGGUGUAAAAAAUUGUUAAAAAGGUGCAAAAGUUUGCGACGAAGGAUGCAUAAAACACGGUUCAGAUUUUAGUUGCGUGUGCAAUGCAGGGCAUACGAUUCAGCUUAA